UCUAUAGUUUCGGUUAUAGACAGGAUAGCGGUUGAAGGCUUUAUCUUUACUGUUUUUCAGUUUUCAAUAGGUUAUUCUCAUUCCAAGCUGAUCCCAGCAUUUCUAUUGUUAGUGGAAGCCAUGGAAGGAACCAUUUCUGUAGCUUCUGCAUUUGCUGGUUAUCAAGAAGCUGUGCAGGACAGAGAUCACAAAUUUCUCACAGAAGCAGUUGAAGAAGCUUAUAAGGGGGUAGAGUGUGGAGAUGGAGGUCCUUUUGGUGCAGUUGUUGUUCGCAAUAAUGAAGUAGUUGUGAGCUGUCACAACAUGGUCUUGAAGUACACAGACCCAACUGCCCAUGCAGAGGUGACUGCAGUAAGAGAGGCCUGUAAAAAACUCAACAAAGUGGAGCUCUCAGAUUGCGAAAUAUAUGCAUCUUGCGAGCCUUGUCCUAUGUGCUUUGGAGCUAUUCACCUUUCACGAAUCAAGAGGCUGGUGUAUGGUGCCAAGGCCGAAGCAGCUAUAGCCAUUGGGUUUGAUGAUUUCAUUGCAGAUGCAUUAAGGGGUACUGGAUUCUACCAGAAGGCCCACUUGGAGAUAAAAAAAGCUGAUGGUAAUGGGGCAAUUAUUGCAGAACAAGUAUUUGAGAAUACAAAGGAGAAAUUUCAUUUGUACUGAUUUCACCCAUAUUGCCUAAACCAGGAUUAUCAUAGAUGAACACCAAUCCAAUGUGUACUGGCUUUUUAAUAUAUUUUUUUUUACCCCUUCAUAUGACUGUCCAAAAUUCAAAUGAAUAUCUGAUGGAUAUUUCAUUUGA